AUCUAACAAAUUAACAGCCGUUACAUACGCAGGUGUGUGCGUGCAUGCGUGCGUGUGUAAUCCUCUUACAUGAAAGGGAGCGUCUGUCCAAUGAGGCGCCGCCGUCCCGUCUCGUCCUGCCUGCCCCUCGCCGCUUUCCCACCGUGGAGGGGGGCUUUUUAAUCCAAAUGGAUUAUGUGGCAAAUUGGGCGAGCUGCUGCAAAACCUCUAGCAGGACACCGCCCUGUCGCUGGCUGGGCCGCCGGCUGAUGUCGUGAGGUAGAACCUGGAAGAACCCGGAAGAAGAAGCAGCAGGGAACGACCUCCAAUCGGUGUUGGGUGUGCCUUCGGGCUACGAACAGUUCCCAAACAUUAACCGACAACUGGGUCAGCAGGUAUCCGGGACGCAGCGGCUUUCGAAGCAACUAUCAGACCCAGUUGGACGUUGCUCAACAGCAACAGCAGCAGAAGGAGGAGCAGCCACGCGGGGACGAGGGUUGCGGGCCUCGAGGAGGAUGGCGAUGAGCCUUGAUGAGAACCCUGAAGAAGCAAAAACUUGAUGAGGAGAAACAAGCCGGAGCCCUCGUGAGGAGGCGUCGUCCGUCCUCUUCGAGUCCUCCCGACGAAAGCCACGUGGUCUUCCCCAAGUGAGUCAGGAAGCAGGAUGAAGAGCGGCUCCAAACUGCAGCGGGUUGCGGGAUUCUUCCUGCUGUGGAUCGGCGUUCAAGCUCAGCUGAAGAUACCGCCAGAGACUGUGCAGGAGUGGGCGUCCAUUUUCUCGUCACAGCUUCGAGAGCUUUCCACCAAGUAUUCAGGAUCGCUUCUUCUCCAAAAGAAACUAAAGGACGUGGAGUCCAUCAUCAAGGUGGUUGAGGUGGACGGAAGCGAUCUGGUCAAGGAUUACGCGGACCAGAUUGAACGCAUGCUGGGCAGCAAAAUGAAGUCUGUCAAGAGGCUUGCCGAGUCGGCGGAAGAUGCUGACCUCUACCAUGAUUUCAACGCUUCCUUAGAGUUUGACUACUACAACUCGAUGCUGAUCAACACGGUGGACGAGGACGGCAACUCCGUGGAGCUGGGCGGCGAGUUCCCGCUGGAGGAGAACGAGCACUUCAACAAGUUGGCCGUCAACACCCAGCAGAGCACCGUCCAGGUGCCCACCAACGUCUACAACAAAGACCCAAACAUCCUCAACGCCGUCUACAACUCGGAGGCCCUCAACGACGUCUUUGUGGGCAACUUCCUCAAGGACCCCACGCUGACCUGGCAGUACUUCGGCAGCUCUGCCGGUUUCUUCCGGAUCUACCCUGGCAUCAAAUGGACGCCGGACAGCAACGGCGUGGCCGCCUUCGACUGCAGGAACCGAAACUGGUACAUCCAGGCGGCCACGUCGCCCAAGGACAUCAUCAUCAUGGUGGACAUCAGCGGCAGCAUGAAGGGCUUGAAGAUGACCAUCGCCAAGCACACCAUCAACACCAUCCUCGACACGCUGGGAGAGAACGACUUUGUCAACGUCAUCGCCUACACGGAUUACGUGCGCUACGUGGAGCCGUGCUUCAAAGGAACUCUGGUCCAAGCUGACCUGGACAACAGGGAGCACUUCAAGUUGCUGGUGGAGGAGCUUCACGUCAAAGGAGAAGCAAAGCUCAAGAACGCCAUGAAAGAAUCCUUCAAGAUCCUCAAUGAGGCUCGUGUUUUGGGUCAGGGCAGCAUGUGCAACCAGGCCAUCAUGCUGAUCACGGACGGCGCCAUGGAGGACUUUGAGUCGGUCUUUGAGGAGUUCAACUGGCCUGAGCGCAGGGUGCGCGUCUUCACAUACUUGAUUGGCCGAGAGAUGACGUUCGCCCAAAACACCAAGUGGAUCGCCUGCAACAACAAAGGCUACUACACGCACGUGUCGACGCUGGCCGACGUGCAGGAGAACGUGAUGGAGUACCUGCACGUGCUGAGUCGGCCCAUGGUCAUCAACCACGACCACGACAUCAUCUGGACCGAAGCCUACAUGGACACCGUGACGUGA